UCAAGCGGUACGAGGGUUACUCCACGAGUGCUUUCCUUACCACUUUUUUGAAAGCGAAUUUUUGCUGGGUGAUUUUUGUGCGUGUGAAAGUGAAGCUGCAUCGAAUAUGAAAACCUGUAAAUCCAGUCCCCUGGACCCAGUUGUGGAGCCAGACUCGCAGUGCAGAAGCGGAGCAGGCUGUGUUGUGAAGUGCAGCUCGGAAAGGAUGGAGAACGCUGCCAAGAGGAGGCUGGCUGCCAAUGCCCGCGAGAGGAGGCGCAUGCAGGGACUGAACACGGCCUUCGAUCGCUUGAGAAAGGUGGUUCCGCAGUGGGGGCAGGAUAAGAAACUGUCCAAGUAUGAGACCCUGCAGAUGGCUCUGAGCUACAUCAUGGCUCUGACCAGGAUCCUUGCUGAAGCUGAGAGGUUCAGUACUGAGCGAGAGUGGCUCAGCCUGCACUGUGAGCACUUCCCUGGAGACAGCUGCCACCACUACCCGGCACAGAAACCCACGGCGGACGGCAAUCCUUACACACAGAGGGUGUUCAGCUACCACCCCGAGCACUUCCAGAUAGCUAAUUAG